CGUGGCGGUGGCUGGUGGCUGGGACUUGGCUACCCGAGGUAAGGUCGCCGCCCAGGCACUCGGUCCUGCCGGCUCAGCUCACACGGACGCCUGCGGGAAGGUGUGCUGCGGCGGCAGGGGCCGAGUGGGACUGAGAGUGGGCCCGAGCACACCGACUGUGGGGCGCCGGGGCGGAGGGGGCCAGGAGGGGACAGGGCGCGCGGGGAUCCGGACGAGGGGGUCCCGCGGCGAGCGGGGUUCGGGACACGGAGGGCUCCACGCGUCACAUCCAGCACCCGGGGAGAGGGGUAGGUGGCGUGGGGUGCCUGCUCGGGCGGGGGUGCAGGUUGGGCCGGAAGGAGACGGGCACCCGCGCUGCUCAGCGCCGCCCGCAGGCCCAGGGUGACUCUUAGGUGAGGCCGAGCCAGAGUGCACUGACCUGUGGCCGUCGCGCCUCGGGGUCGAGUGCUGCCGCCCCGCCCUGGGUCUUGACAGUUCUUGGCGGUGACACCUGCUUAGAAGAACCUCCCCGCCCUCCGCGGACCUGGGUCCCGCCAAGGAAUCCGAUCUGAAGCUGUGAGGCCUGUCCCUCCGGGGAGGGCUGAUAUUUCUUUCCGGGACGUGCUCAGCGCCUCUGGGGCAGUCGGGUCAGAAACUUCGCGGAGUCGAGAACACUCUGCCAUCUCCUCCCCUUCUCUGAGAUGGGAAAGAGGUGCCAGGAAAACAAUACAACUAAAACCAAAACGACAUUCUCUGUAUGCCGUGAAGCCUCAAAAAGAUCCAGGAGGACAGUCAGCGACCUGGAGACCCUGGCUGCCACGUGAGGGCAGGGUUAAUGUCCUCAGGCCUGUCUGAAAGAUUUCCAUUUCUGCCAAGAGAAGGGACUAAGUGUUGGAUCCUCCCAGGUGCACCCUCACCCAGCCAAUGACCUUGACCCCUCCCUGGACUUGAAGACAGGGGGCUGUGUGGGUCUCCUUUGCUGCAGGGGCCUCUGUGCCCUGCAGGGUGUAUGGGCAGCUGCAAUGAGGCAGCAAGUCUUGGGUUCAAAUCCUGUCCCUCCCUGGCCAGCUGGGCAACUUGGCAUCAGUUCCCCUCGCAUGUGAUUGUGGCAAGGACUAAGUGAAAGAACCUUAGGAUGUGCCUGCCUGUAGUGGGCCCUCAAUAAAUGUGAACAAAUGUGGGCUUUCUUUCCUUUUGGUUGGGCCACAUCAUCCCCUCAUCCCUCCUACAAAUCUGUGCCUUGAGGGCUGAGAGGCUGGAGUGCAGAAGAGUGCCUCACCCAACUCCCUCCUGGUACCUUCCUGGUGUCAUGAGAAGGGAAGGAGGAAGGGGUCUGUUAACCUCCACAGAGUUGUUCUUUGCAUGUUUCCUGAAGGCUCAGAGGACCCCGGCCUCACCUCCCUGAUCCUCCUGACCUUAUGUCACUAGCACUUGCCCCACCAGGAAUGCAGUGCCUGGUGGUUGGCAAGGAAAGUUGUGCCAUGUGAGGCUGUGAGGCUGAGGACUGUCUCCCAUGUGACAAGGGUCUGGUGGCCUCAGCAGCACCUAGCUCUCUGCCCUGCAGUACUGUCUUCUAGAGGUCUCACACCCACCUGACACCCACCUGGUCCUCUCUCCUCUGCCUCCUUCCCUCCCCGACAACCCUCUGGGAACCCAAUAGCACCUCAAGCUUCACUUAUUCGAAACUGAGCUCUGGAGUUCCCUCUGCAUCACUGUUCCUCCGUUGGCUUCUCUGGCCUGCUAAAUGGCAGUUUCCAUCCACCCAGUCCCCAAGGAGUCAUCCUUGAUUCUUCUCCCUCCCACACCUCCCACACCCUCAGAACACCGGCAAUCUGACUGCCUCUUGCCAUCUCUGUGGUCACCAGCCUGGCCGUACCAAGCAUGUCUCCCUUGCUAUGGCCUUCAGCUUGUCUCCCUGUUUUCAUCCUGGCCCUUUCACAGUCCUCACAACCACCAGAGAGGGCUUUAAUCUAAAUCAGAUCUUCUCCUUUGCCUGCUAGAACCUUCCCCUGGUUCCCAGUUUCACUCCAAAUAAAACCCAAAGUCCUACGUGAGUGGUCCCUGCCAACCGCUUUGAUCUUGGUCUCUGCCCCUCCCCCUAGCUUUCUAAACCUUGACCACACUGACCUGUUUUCUAUUCUUCAAACAUGCCAAGCUCGUUCCCAUGUUAGGACUUGUGUAUUGGCUGUGCCCUCUGCUGGAAACACCAAUCUUCUCACAGCUGAGAAGGGCUCAGUUCCAGAGCCGCCAGUUCAGAAAGGCUUCCUUGACCACCCCAGUUUAGAUAGCGUGCCCUGCUUUAUUUUCUUCAUAAUCUUUGAGAACUAUCUGGAAUUCUUAUUUAGGUAUAUGUUUACUAAUCUGUUAUUUGUCCCACCCCAAUAUAAAUACAGAAAUUGGAUGAUGGCGUAGACCUUGUCUCUUUUAUUCCCUGCAGCACUCCCUGAUGGGGGAGGCAAAUAAACCAGCAAACACAUCUGUAAUUGCAAACUGUGUCUUGAUUUCCCCUGUCUCGGUCCAUCCACCCAUCCCCGGGCCAGACCCUCUCUCUUCAGAAUCUGAGCAGUGAUGACGUUUGCUGAGGAAAAGACCUAUGAAUAUAUCUGCCAUCAUUACAGCAGUUUUUGCCGCAUAGAUAUUCUGGAGAUCCUGCCUCACCUGCCCUGCCUCACGGCAAGUGACCAGGAUCGACUGCGGGCCCUCCACGGGCAACGGGGGAACCAGGACACCCUCUGGGAACUCUUCAACCGCCUCCAGCGGCGGACCCACUGGGUGGAUUUCUUCAUUGAAGCGCUGAGGGCCUGUGAGCUGGCUGGUCUCGCUGACGAAGUGGCCCGUGUCUACCAGAGCUACCUGCCUCGGACCUCGAGCCUCCCCCCACCCCCGCUGGAGCCCCUGUUGGUGCCUGCUGAGGUUCCAGAGCCUUCCGCACCUGUAGCGGCCCGCAGCCUCCCCUACAACGGCUACAGAGAGAUGGAGCCCAGUUACCCCAUGCCUGUCCAGGACACCGAGCCACCAGAGUCCCUGGGAGAGAAUUCAAAGCAAGCCCCACAGACUCCCAGCUCUGGAGCCAUCCCGAGGAGGCCGGGUGGCCCCCUGGAGCCGUCCUCUGACCUGGCAGCCCUCAGCCCUGGCAUCUCUAGUGGGCAUCACAGGCAGAACACAGAACUGGGCAGUACCCACACAGCAGGUGCAGUCUCCAGCCUCACGCCAUCCCGUGGGCCUGUGUCUCCAACUGAGUCCUUCCAGCCCCUGGCCCGUUCCACCGCCAGGGCAAGCCGCUUGCCCGGGCCCGCAGCGCCAGCUCCGUCUACAGGCCGUUCGUCCUCCUUCUCCUCCCCCCUGUCGUCCACCGGCUUGGCUUCCACAGGGGGUGCUGGUGACCAGGCUGAGCCUACUGUCUGCUGCAGUGGAGCAGAGGCACCAGCCACCUCUGUGACUACUGGCACAGUGGCCUCCAAAGUGCCUGCCACCAUGAUGCCUGUGAACACGGUGCCCUCCAAGUUGCCCACCAACCGGAAGCCCUUGGGUCCAGCGCCUUCUAAUGUGCUCACGGGUCUAACACCGUCCAAAUUGCCCAUCAACCCAACACGCGCUGGCACGGUGCCAUCCAAAGUGCCCUCUAGCUCCACGCCCACCAGGGUGCCUGCCAGCACAGUCCCCAGCAGCAGGAACAGCAGAGCUGAGGAGACCCCAGCGGCUGCAACACCCACCGGCGCCACUAGAGGCAGCUCUGACAGCGGGAGCCCGGGGCCGGAGCUGAGCAAGCCCGGCGUGCUGGUGUCCCGGGUGGACAGCCAGUUCUCGGGCUGCUCUGAAGACCUUGCCAUCAGUGCCAGCAACUCCCUGGGUGCUGAGGCCAUCCACGGCCCAGAGGAGAAUGAGUAUGAGUCCGUCGGCACCUUUGAGAUCCACGAGGCCGAGCAGGGCCCCGGCGCCGACCUCCUGGAGAGCAACCCCAGGCCAAAGGCAGAACCGCAGCUCCAGGAGGAGGAGAUGGCCUGGAGUAUCUGGGACGAGCCCUGGGCUCCAUGGCUCCGGGCAGCCGCUGCUGGGGCACUCGUGAUCACACUCCUGGCCGUGUUGUACCAGCGGCGCCUGCGCCAGUGAAGCCCUCGGCCUUCCCCACCACACAUCUGGUCCGUUCCCCAAGGAACCAUUACUCCUUGGAGAAGUGGGUGAGUCAAGAUCUGGACAGGAAAUUGGAAGAGUUGAGGCUGGAAUCUCUGUAAUACCAGAAAACAAGGAAACUGUUGAAGACUACUGGAGUCUUGGUUAAAUGACUCAGGCAUCAAUCUGAAGAGCUGCUGUUGGCAAAAUGUGGGACGAUUUGAACAUCAAAAAGGUUAGGAACUUCAAUGGAUUGAAAUUCAUCAAAUAUGUUUUUAAAACCCAUGAGUUCAGUGGUGGACGUGGAGGUGCACACCAUACUCCCUGCUACUCGGGAGGCUGAGGAAGAAGGAUUGCUUGAUGCCAGGAGUUCGAGGCUAUAGUGUACCACAAUUACACGUAUGAAUAGCUGCUGCACUCUGUUAUGGUCUGAGAUGUGAGCAAUGACCACCUAAAGACUGAAUUGAGCCAAAUGAGGAGUAUUCAUUAGCUGGCCAGCAACUACUCUCUGUACCGCCAAAGGCAGUGGCACAGAGAGCAGCCUUGAGCCUUUGAAGCAGAAAGCUUUUAUCGUGGGUGAAAAAUCACUGGGGCAGAGCAAGCAUGAUUACAGGGGCAAAAAGCAGCAUUACAUCACUCUCAUGUCCUGGUGCAACAGGAUGUGGGCAGUUUAGGGCUUGGUCACACAGAACAUGGGUGCUGCAUUCCCACACUUGGGGCACUGUCUUUAGCAAGCAGUUUUACAGAAGCGAGAUAGCAGGUUAAUGAUUUUUCGGCACGAAACUCACACUGUGACAUUACAGAAAUAGCUUUGUCAAUGUUAAAAUUUCAGCCUUUAACAUUAUACGGCCAAAAGUUAUAACAGUCAGUAGUCUUGAAGCUUUUGGCCCUUAACACACUCCAGCCUGGGCAUCAUAGCAAGACCCUGUCUAAAAAGAAAAUAAACAAACAAUUGGUUGUUUACCUCUAGAGGAUGCUAGGGAAUCAGCUUAUUCUGAAAACUGGUCCAUAAAGGGAAGGAAUCAAUCCUGCAUUUUUUAUACAAGUUGUACUUUAAGAUACCAAAGAGUUGAGGAAGGAAAUUUCUUCUUUAUAGAAGUAUUCCCGUUAAUUAAGUAUAGAAGAAAUAAUUGGAUUAGAAAAUCACAGGUUUGCAGUCCCUAAUGAAAUAAUGGCUCUAAGCAGUAUCACCAAUGGCUGCUAAAACCAGUAGGUGAAAAGCUGAUAGGCCGGGCGCGGUGGCUCAUGCCUGUAAUCCCAGCACUAUGGGAGGCCGAGGCGGGCGGAUCGUUUGAG